CCUUUAAAGAAGGUUUCGUUGCUCUUUCUGCUUGCCUGGAGCUCUGUAUUUCUGGGAAGCACUUACUCUCUAAAUCGGAAUAGGAAGUCUGAUAUAGGCUUAAAAUCCCUGGAGGAGCUAGUCUUGAUUAGAAAGACUUUGGAUGCACAGGCACUCAAGCUAAGGGGCUUGCAGAUCAAUCUGCAUCGCGUGCUCAGCAAGGUGGUGCUUCUCUCCUAUGCAGAUGUGCAUUCACCAGAAACAUUCUCCUCCAAAGAAGAAGCUCCUCCCUUAGCGGAGCUAUCUAAACGUCUAGAUAUGUUGCUGGAGCGACUGAACCAGGAAGAUAAAAUGUCUACGAAAUUGCUGGAACUAAAUGAAUGUCCCAUUAAAGUGUGCCAUGAACCUUUCCUAAACCAGACCUCGCUAAAGGAGCUUUCUAAAGAUAAGGACGAGCCAAAAGUGGAUUUUUACCAGCCCGCCAAAUCGGAUUGCCAUGAACUGGAUACAGAUGUCCGGGUGGAUGGCGUCUAUAGGUUUCUGGUUCCGGAGCGCAAUGAAGUCCAGCGUGAUUUGCACGAGCGCUAUUGCGCCUUUGCCACCGACGGACCCGCCUGGACAGUGAUUCAGAGUAGAGGUGGCUCCUUCGAUCCUAAUCCACCCGAGAACUUUAAUCGCAGCUGGGAUGAGUAUCGCGCGGGUUUCGGUAAUUUGUCCCGAGAUUUCUGGUUUGGCAACGAGUUCACGCACAAGAUUCUCUACCGCGACGAUCAUGAACUGAGAGUGGAGCUGCAGGAGGAGGGGGCACCGCUGGAUUGGGCGGAGUAUCCACUCUUCUGGCUGGACAGUGAGAGUUACAACUAUCAGCUCUCGGUGGAUGGCGAAUUUCGUGGUUCGCUGCCGGAUGCUCUGGAGCAGAACAAUCGGAUGGAUUUUAGCACCUACGAUCGGCGCAGGAGCGCCGCGAAAUCAGCAGGUUACACCUGUGCCGAGGAUUACGGCGGUGGCUGGUGGUUCGAUCUCUGCACACAGUCCAAUCUGAACGGAGAACUUGGUGUCCACCAGAGAGCAAGUCCAGCCAUUAUCUGGAUGAACUGGCGUACCGGGACCGACAAAACGAAAAGCUCGCGGAUGAUGAUUCGACUCGUAAAUUCCACUACGGGUGAUAACUCCGACGAGGAUUAGGCGGCGGA